CCUGCAGGAAGAAGCCUUUCUUCUUCUGGCUGGGAGAGAGCAGGUAUUUGGGCACCCAACUGAGGGGCACUGGAGCUGACUUAUGCGCCAAGUUUUUCCAGGCUGAUGGGAAUUGGGCUUUGACAACCAGAGAGCAACAAAUCCCUGACUCCUGUCUUAAAGCCUGAAAAACAAGGAUGUUGAGUGUUUUUCCAUCCCUGAGUCUGUGGAAUUCUGAAUAGCAUCAUGAUUUCUGCAAAUGAAUAUGGUUCCAGUUCUUGGGAGCUCGUUGUUACUAUUGAUCACCCUUAUGAAGAACCAAAAGAGAGCACCCUCCAAGUAUCAGGAGAUCUUCAUAUUGGAGGGGUGAUGCUCAAACUUGUCGAACAAAUCAGUGUAUCCCAAGACUGGUCAGACUAUGCUCUUUGGUGGGAACAAAAGCAAUGCUGGCUCCUAAAAACUCACUGGACACUAGAUAAAUACGGGGUGCAGGCAGAUGCCAAGCUGUUGUUUACCAUUCAGCACAAAAUGCUGCGCCUUCGCUUGCCAAGCAUGAAAACUGUAAGGUUGAGCGUCAGCUUCUCUUCAGUAGUAUUCAGGGUUGUUGGAGAUAUUUGCAGGACCCUUGGUAUAAGACGGUCAGAAGAACUUUCUCUGCUGAAAUUACCUGAAGAUGUGAAAAAGAAAAAAAGAAAAGACAAAGACAAAGAACCAGUCAUAGAAGAUAUCUUAAAUUUGCAUAACUCUCCAGUGAGUUUGGGAUCACCAGCAAGUCCUGGCUUAUACAGUAAAACCAUGACGCCCAUCUAUGAUCCUAUGAGUGGAACCCCUGUCUCUUCUACAGUCACAUGGUUUGGUGACAGUCCUUUGGCAAAGCAGAACUGGAGCAGCCUUGCUUUCAACCAUCCCAACUGUACACCAGAAACACUGGCGAAAAUGUAUCAGCCUCGAACUUUGGUUGACAAAGCAAAACUAAAUGCGGGAUGGUUGGAUUCUUCUCGAUCACUCAUGGAACAAGGUGUCCAGGAAGAUGAUCAGCUUAUGCUACGCUUUAAAUACUACACUUUUUUUGAUUUGAAUGCAAAAUAUGAUGCUGUACGAAUCAGCCAACUGUAUGAACAAGCUCGAUGGGCUAUUCUGCUGGAAGAAAUAGACUGCACAGAAGAAGAAACCUUCAUCUUUGCUGCAUUGCAGUAUCAUGUCAGCAAGCUGACAUUAUCAUCAGGAUCACAAGAUUUUACAAGUGAAGCUGAAACAGAUGAAGUGGAGGCUGCGCUUUCUAAUCUUGAAGUAACUCUAGAAGGUGGAAAAACAGAGGGUACUUUGGAGGAUAUCACAGAUAUACCGAAGCUUGCAGAUGACCUCAAGCUAUUUAGAUCUAAAAAGUUGACACUGAAAGCAUUCAAGCAAUAUUGGUUUGUCUUCAAAGACACAUCCAUAUCUUAUUUUAAAAACAAAGAAGCAGAAUAUGGAGAACCCAUUGAGAAAAUAAAUCUAAGAGGGUGUGAAAUUGUCCCAGAUGUAAAUGUGUCAGGGAAAAAAUAUGGAAUUAAAUUGCUCAUCCCUGUUGCUGAUGGAAUGAAUGAAGUACACUUGAGAUGUGAUAACGAAAAUCAAUAUGCCAGAUGGAUGGCAGCUUGCAUUUUGGCUUCCAAAGGCAAAACAAUGGCAGACAGCUCUUACCAUCCUGAGGUUCAAAACAUCUUGUCCUUCUUAAAAAUGAAAACCAGAACUGCUGCUCCCCAAGAUGUUUCUGAUAUAGAAAGCAUGGACAUGAAACCAGAGUGCUUCAUCUCACCAAGAUAUGCCAAAAAAUAUAAGUCUAAGCAGCUGGCUGCUCGUAUCUUGGAGGCCCACCAGAAUAUUGCUCACAUGUCUCUGAUGGAAGCCAAAUUGAGGUUUAUCCAGGCGUGGCAAUCCCUUCCUGAGUUUGGCUUAUCAUACUACAUUGUAAGAUUUAAAGGAAGCAAAAAAGAUGAUCUCCUGGGAAUUUCUUACAACAGGCUGAUAAGGAUAGAUACAGCCACCGGAGACCCAAUUACAACAUGGAGAUUCUCAAAUAUGAAACAGUGGAAUGUGAACUGGGAGAUACGUCAGGUUGCAAUUGAGUUUGAUCAGAAUGUAUCCAUUGCUUUCGCUUGCCUGAGUGCAGAUUGCAAAGUGGUCCAUGAAUACAUUGGAGGCUACAUUUUCCUGUCAACCCGUUCCAAAGACCAGAAUGAAGCACUGGAUGAAGACUUGUUCCAUAAAUUAACUGGAGGACGAGAGUGAGGAGAAGUCAACCACCUUACCUCUGUUGGAUUGCCAGAGCUGAUAAGGCCUACAGAACAAUAUAGGCUUUCUCCUUGAUAUUCCUGUAUUUUGAACCAGGGGUUUGGGAGGUGUUUUAAUUACUGGUGCAACUCACUGAAUCAUCAUCAUCAUCAUCAUCAUCAUCAUCAUCAUCAUCAUCAUUUUACUUACCUCAGGGGUUAUUCCAAGUUAAGUUUAAGUACUCAGAGCCUACUUCACACCACAAGCUAUCUAUGGUGUCCCUGUGAAGGACACUAUUUUUGUUUCUGUACAAUUUUUAUUUACAUGAUGCAGCCAGUCUGUGAAAGCCAUUUGAAUCUAUAAUGCCACAAAUACUGAGUGUACCCUUGGGAGCUACUGGCUUCCUUUUCAUAUAAGCAACUCUCAGUGGAGAUCUCAUCUGUUUACAUAAUGUCAUGUACGGGGCACAUUGACAGUACUUAUAGCACCAUGAUUCCACUCUAAUUUCCACAGUUGCAUCCUAUGGAAUCCUACAGGAGUUGUAACUUGGUCAAAGGCACCAUAGGAACUCUUUGGCUAAGGAUGCUAAAGUCUCUUUCCUAAGCAGUGUAGAGUGAAAGAGCCCUAGAAAACCACCUAGGUGGGGUCCAGGGUGUUUUUAAUGUUAAGGAGAUGUAUCCAUCUUUGUAUGAAGAGACUUUCCCCUGAGUGCUCCUUAGAUCUAUCCCAGAGGAACUCCCAACCCUUGAGAGCAGAUUUAGGGGAGGUUUGGAAGGGGAGGAAUUGCAAUGGACAUGGGAAAUCUUUCUAUCAAGGUCUUCUGUUCCACUGGAACUAGUAUUUGCUCCAACCCACAUCAUGUACAUACAUACUCUGAUUA